AUGUUCUCCCUGGCUCUGGUCACCUGCGCCGUUGCUCUGAGCCACUGUGCUCUUGCAGCCAAAGUCUGUUCCAGGCCACCAGAAGUGCUCUUUGCCACCAUCGAUGUAGACAAAAGUGUGUACGAAGUGGGUGAGGAGGUGGAAUACACCUGCAGGCCCGGGUUCGCCCCCAACAACGGCCGGAGGAAGUACACCUGCCUGCCCACCGGCAAGUGGCCGCUCAACACGCUGCUCUGCCUGCCAAAGAGAUGUCCUCAUCCUGGACGCUUGCAACAUGGAAAAAUUGAUUCUAUAGACAAUCACUAUCAGAGUUCUCUGAGUUUUUCAUGUGAACCAGGUUACAACCUCGUUGGGACAAGAACGAGCCAAUGCAUGGCAGAUGGAAAGUGGAGUGGAACUGUACCCCAAUGUCAACCGGUGACCUGUGCACCUCCCCCUCUCCCUGAAUUUGGAGUCCUUUCUUACCGCCGCCUAAAGCCAGGAAAUGUUUCUUAUUUCCUGGACACAAUUCUUUUUGAAUGUGUCCCUCCUCUUGCACUGAUUGGGAAUGAGACAGCUACCUGCACGGCCAACGGGACCUGGAGCAGCAUUCCGGAGUGCAAGGUUGUGAUAUGCCCCACUCCAACAGGGAUAGAAAAUGGAUUCCUAGAGCUUGUUGCCCGUAGAACCUAUCACUACAACGAAAGUGUCAGCUUUGGCUGCCAGGCUGGCUACGUGCUGGAGGGACCCAGGCACUCCCGGUGUGAAAAGACUGGAAACUGGUCCACCAAGCCAACCUGUAAAGGACCAUGUAAAAUACCAGUUAAGAAAGCUGUAGUACUAUACAAUGGUGAGAAGAAAAGAGUUCAGAACGACCUUAAGGAAGGCAUUCAGCAUGGUGAAACCGUAUCCUUCUUCUGCAAGAAUAAGGAAAAGUCCUGUGCCUAUACUGUACCUGUCCCAUGCGUGGAUGGCAACCUGACUCUCCCUGCCUGCUUCAAAGAACGUGGUUUUUUUUCAACUCUUGUGAAGAAGGACCCAUCAGACAUGAAACCAUGUGAAGAUCAAUAA